AUGGGCGUCUACUACGCCUUUGCCUGGGUGGCGGCGCUGCUCGCCGCCCUGCGCUGCCUCGUGCAGCUGCUGCCGGCCCCCGGGCUGUGGAACGCGCUGUGGCUGGUGACGCAGUCUGGGCUGGCCGCCACCACGCAACAGGCGCUGGUGCGCACCCUCGGGGUGGCAGGCGCCGCGGCCGGCGUCGACGCCGGCGUCAAAGCGCUCUACAUUUACGCACUGCAUGUCCCCCUGCUGCUGGACGGCUCCACGGCGGCCGACCCCUUUGGCGACGCGCGCUGGAGCAAGUGGAGCUUCUGGCUCGUCCGCGCCGCGCUGCCCGCCGCCGCCUACUGCUACGUCGCCGCGCUGCCCUCCACGCCGCACCGCGCCCUGCUGCCCGCAAAGCCAGAGCUCUCGCGCCAUGCCGCCUGCCUCGCCGCGGCCCACGCGCUCCAAGCGCUCGGCGCGGCGCUGGUCGGCAGCCGCGCGGGCGCGGGGUACUGCGUGUUUGGGGCGGGGGCGUGGCUGUACGACGCGCUGUUCCCGCCUCUGGUUUACUGCACGUUCCUGCUGGGCUUCUUUGGGGCGGAUGAGCUGGAUACUGACCUGUUGCUGUACUCUGAAAUGCGGGAGGCCGAGUUUGUGUGA